AUGAAUAAUGUGUAUAAAUAUGAUGAGUUAUAUUCAUGUGCAUUAAAACCAUAUGCAAACAAUGCAAUUAGUAAUUAUUAUUUAAAUAAUACAGAAAACUUGAUAAAAUAUUAUGAGUAUUUGAUUCGGCUUCAUAUCAUUUACAGAUUUUUGAUAAAACAUGGGGAAACGCUAAAUAAAAAAGCAUUAAAAGACGACCAUAAUGAUUUGUAUAAAUAUGUAAACAAUCAAAAUAAAAACAAUGUGAAUACUAUCCAAAUUAAUAACAACGAUAAUGGUAAUAAAAAUCGAAAUAAAAUUAUUAAUAAUAACAAUGAUGAGAUAAAUUUUAAUGUUAAUAAUAUUAGAAAUAUAAUAAAUAAUUCUCAAAAAUGUAACAAUGCUGCUACAAAUAUGUAUAUUAUAUCUAGAGGUUUCUAUAAUAACAUAAAUGAAAAUAAACUGGUAAAAUGCGAUUCAGUAUAUCAUGAUAUGCCAUUUUAUAAUAAUCAAAUUAUAAAUCGAGAAAUAAGUAAUUUUUUGAAAGAAGGAAGAAUUAAACUUUUGAAUGGUCAAUAUACUGAUAAUAAUUUUGUUUUCAAAUAUAAAAAAAAUAUUAUUUGUAAUAAUGUAAAUAGCAAAAGUCAUAAAAUAAAAGGGUUUGUUAUUUUAAAUGGUUCAAAAAAAAAAGCAAAAAUAUCAAACAUGACAUAUAAUGCAAUAGAAACAAAUAAAAAUGGAAAGGUAAAUGAAAAAAAACAAAAAUUUAUUCAUCCCAAUUUCCCAUUUUUUAUACAUCAAAUAAAAUCAAUUGUUACAUUUAAAAAUUUCCAAAAGGAUAUCUUCUUAUAUAAUAUGUUAAACGAUUUCAAAGAAGUGGUCUAUAUCAACAAAAUGAUAAUGUGCCGAAAAUAUCAUUUUAUUUUGAAUAAAAAUAUUAAGUUAGUUAUUAUAUCAGAUGAAAUAAAGAAAUUUGGAAUGUUUAAGUGCACUUUUGAAAUUAAGAAAAUAUCGAAUAAAUUUAUUUUUCAUUUAAUAUAUAUAGACAAAAAUAUUUAUCAAUUUAUUAACUAUUUUUUAUGUAAAAAAUAUGUAAGGCUUAUAAAAACAGGGACUAUUAAUAUAUUAAACAAUAUAAUAAGUGACAACAUUAAAUAUAAUAAAAAUAAGAAUGAGGAAUAUGGAUUCAUGAUAAUAAAUCCUUUUAAAUAUAAUUUGUUUGAAAAUUUUCUUAAAAUUUUUAGAAAAUUAAUUCAUAAUAUGAAAAAAAAAAAUUAUACUACUAUUAAUAUAAUUGAAUUAAUAAGGGAAGAGAUAAUAAAAAUGGAAAAUAGUUGCAUAUCCUCUUUUUAUCCUUACAAAAUAAAUGAUACAAAUGUAUUCAUUUUAUGCCAUAAUAUUUUUAAACUAAUAAAACGAUAUAUCAGUGCAAAAAAUAAAUUUUCAUUACCCUCCAAAAAUAAUAUAAGGCAUGUUAAAUACAUUUAUAAGAUUUUCUUAUUUUUCCUUUUUAACAUGCUCAAACAAUACAGUAUUAUAUAUAACGAAAUGAAAUUAAAAAUAUUUUUAAAUAUAGAGGAAGAUAUUGAUCGUUAUAAAUUUUGUAGUCAAAAUAAAAAAACGAUUUUUAAUAUUAAACCCAUUUUCCCAUAUAUUAACAAUUUUAAAUGUGAUAAAAAAUAUACAAAAUUAUUAAAUAAGUUUGAACAUAAUUUAAAGCGUAUAAUAAAAUCGGAAAUAAAUAAUGAUAAAAAAAACUCUCCAAGGUGUUGUAGUAAUAUGAACGAUGGAGAUAAUAAAAAUUAUAAUUAUUCGAAUAACAACUACUCGAAUAAUAAUAAUUCUAGAGAUGUAAAUAAUAAUAAUUUGGGAAAUUAUGAUGGUAAUCAAUUUUUCGGGAAUAGUAAUGAUGGAAUGGAUUCAGGGGGUACAGGGGAUGGAGGGGAUGAUAAUAGCAACAGCAAUAAUCAUAAUAAUAAUGGUAAUAACUAUUAUGAUUCAGAUGAAGAAGAUGAAAAAAGAAAAAAUGGGAAUAAAAAUAAUUUAGAGGAAAAAUUAAAAAACGGAAAUACAUAUAACAAUGAUAUGAAUAAUGGAGAUUAUAAUAAUAUUGAUGAUAAUAUAAACAAAAAUAGUGAUAUGUUUGUAAGCAAUUUUUCAAAUAUGGAAAAUAAAGUAGAUAGUAGGUUUAACAGAAAUCCAUCAGCUUCGUUAAGUGAUAAAGAGGGAAUGAUGCCAGAAGGGAUAACAGAUAUGAAUAAUCAAAAUUUAAAUAAUAUUCAUUUUAUCAACAAUAAAAAUAUAAAAAAUAUGAUGAAUACCACUGGAAUGAUAUCACAUGGUGGGGGCAGUGUAGAAAUUAAUAAUAAUAGAAUUGGAAAUCCAUCAUUAAAUCAAAUUAUGAAUUUAAAUAAUAAUAGUAGUAAUGCAUAUAUGCCUUCUGAUUCAUUAAUGCAUGAUAUGAAACAAUCAUCACAUUUAUUAAAACCAAAACAAAAUUUAUAUAAUAUUGGAACUCAAAAUUUGGUUGAUAAUAACAAGAAUGAUAAUAACAAAUUAAAUAAUCCUACACAAGGUAAUAGAAAUAAUGGAAAUAAUAUAGUUCCUUCUAAUUUUAUGCAAAAUUCAUUACAUCAACAGUUUCAAAUCCAACAGCAAUUAAAUUUGCAACAGUUAUUACAUGAACAAAAUAUGCAUCAAUAUAAUAUGAUGCAAGGGAGUCAAGGUAAAUAUUCAAAUCAACCACAAUUACAAAAGCAAGGAAAUAAUGCACCAUUAUUAAAUAUCCCACAAAUGGUUCCUGUAAAUCCAAAUGAUCAAAGAAAUGUUAUGGUUUCCCAAAAAAUUCCAAGAAAUCCGAUAACUUCUGUAAAUUCAGCUGAACCAGCAAAUAAUAGCCAAAGAAAUUCGACUACAGGUAUUAAUUCAUCGUUAAUUUCUAAUCAAGUUAAUCAUGUCAAUCCAGUUUCUAUGAAAUUUGCAUAUAAAGGAAAUAAUCCAUCUCAAAAUAUAAAUAAUUCUAAUAUCACUGGUAUGAAUGCUCCACAACACCUUCAACAAGUACACCAACAACAACCCAUGCAACAUUUGCAACAACCUCAAAGAAAUGGCUUACAAGCAAAUCCUGCUAAUAAAUCUAAUAUGCAACAUAAUUUAAUGCAAAUACAUCCACAAAAUUCUCAAUACAUGAUGCAAGGAAAAAAUGCUAAUUCACAACAGUUAAUGCAGCAACCCCAACAAAAUUUACAAAAAGUUCAACACCAAUUAUUUCAAUAUGCACAAGGUAUACAACAACAAAUGAUUCCACCUCAAAAGAAUAUGAAUACCGUAUCUAUGAAUCCACAAAUGAAUAGACAACAAAAUCAUAUACCAUCAAUGGGAGGCGGUAACACUGCAUCAACACCUCAUGGGUCGUUAAAUCAACAAAAUAUUCCACAAUUUAUGCACAAUAAUAAUUCGGUACAUGUAUAUCAACCACAUAAUGCAUCAUUUUUACAAAGAUCACCAACACCAGGACAGCCAGUUUCACAUCAACAAAUUCCUUUUGAAUGGAUGCAUAAUCCAUAUUUGCAACAACAAUGUCUUCUACAACAAUGUCAUUUAACACCUCAACAAUUGUAUAUUCAGCAACAACAAAAACAGCAAAAUCUUUUACAACAAAAACAGCAAACAAUGAUUCAACAUCAACAACAAGGUAUACCCUCGAUACUUGUGAAUCAACAAAAGCAAGGAGGAAUGCAGAUGCAUCAUAAUAAUCCACAACAACAGAUGCAACUUUUGGCAAUUCAACAUAUGAAUUUUCCAUUUAAAGAAAAUGUGCCUGUAAAUGUUCAUCACCAAAUUUAUAAAGAUAAUAUAAUUGGAAUAAAUACAAAUUUCGAUUCAAUGCAAAAUUUAAAUGAAAUGCAAAGGGUAAACGAUGAGAUGAUGAAAGGAAAACUAUUAAGCAUAUCUAACAAUAAUAAUAGCAAUAAUAAUAACAAUAAUAAUAAUAACAAUAAUAAUAAUAACAAUAACAAUAAUAAUAACAAUAAUACUAUAGAAGGUGUACCAGAAGAUGAUAUAUUUGAUAGCAACUAUCAUUGUGAUAUUUGUAAUAAAGAUAUAACACAUACUAUUCGUAUACGUUGUGCAGAUUGUGUUGAUUUUGAUUUAUGUAUAAAUUGUUUUAGUAGCGGGAAAGAAAUAAAAUCUGAAAAAUGUGAACAUUAUAAUUAUCACAAUUAUAUUCCAAUACCUAAGUAUGAUUUUCCAUUAUAUAAAUUAAAUUGGAGUGCAGAAGAAGAAUUAUUAUUAUUGGAUGGAAUAAGUAAAUAUGGUUUUGGUAAUUGGGAACAAGUUGCAGAUUUAGUAAAUUCAGUAGCAAAAAUUCCUAAAACAAAUAAAGAAUGUGAAACCCAUUAUUAUAAUUAUUAUUUAAAAUCUAAUUGUGCGCCUUUACCCGAUAAUAAAAGAUUACUAAUAAAACCAAAUGGAAGUCCAUAUGAUAUUGAACAUGUUAUAGAAAAAGACAUAAAUGAAAAUGAAGAUUAUGUACAAACAAAAAAUAAAAAAAAUACAAGAACACAAAUCAUUGGCUAUUGGCCAUUGAGAGGCGAUUUUGAUAUAGAAUAUGACAAUGAUGCUGAAUUGUUAUUAGCUGAUAUGGAAUUUAAAGAGUCUGAUUUGCCUCAACAAAAAGAAUUAAAAUUGCAAGUAUUAGAAAUAUAUAAUUCUAAAUUAGAUGAAAGAAUUUAUAGAAAACGAACUGUUAUUGAAAGGGGCUUAUUGGAUACAAAGUCACAAUUACAAAAAGAUAAAAAAAGAACAAAAGAAGAAAAAGAAUUGUAUACUGCUCUUAAACCUUUAUCUAGAUUUCUAUCUCCUCAGCAUCAUGAAUAUUUUAUACAAUUAUUAUUAGAAGAACAAAAGUUGCGCCAAAGAUUAACAAAAUUACAAGAAUGGAAAACUUUGGGGUUACAAAACAUUGAACAAGUACAAGAAUAUGAAGUGGAAAAAAAUAGAAGAGCAAAAGAAUCGAUAAAACAACAACAAGAAAAUACUGAUAAUAAAAUAACAAAAUCUUUUAAAAGUUCAAAAAAUGAAUAUAAAAUUAAAAGCGAAGAAUUAGAAGAAAAUAAUGAUAAAAAAUUAAAUAUAGAAACAUUUUUAGCUCUAGAUUUAUUAAAUGAAAAAGAGGUUGCAUUUUGUAAAGAUAUGAAACUCCCGAUAUUGUUCUUUUUAUUAAUUAAGCGAUUGUUAAUUAUGGAAGUAAGUAAUACAAAUAUUAGCAUGCUGAAAGACAUUAAUGAAUUAAAAUUAAAGGGAUACAAGGUUGGGCAACUUUAUGAUUUUUUCCUAAGUUUUGAUUUAAAUCAGAAGGAUGAAAAUUUGAUAAGCGAUAUUGCAGGUGAAGGUGUUGAUGAUAAUUUUGACGACAAGUAUCCACAUUUUAAAAGGGGAGAAGAAAAGAAGAAAAGGGGAAGACCACAUAUUGAUUUUAAUUCAGUAGAUGGAAUAGAAAAAAAUGAAAUGAAUGAUCAUAAUAUUGGAACAGGGGCAAAUACGCAAAGCGGUAAUUAUAAUAAUGCAAAUGGAUAUAAUAAUAAAAUAGACAAUUCUAAAAAUUCAAUACAUAUAAAUAAUAUAGAGGACGAUAAUAGCAAAUCUUACUCUAUACAUAAUGAUAACUCCGCAAAUUUAGAAACAAAUAAAAUCAGUGAAAAAAACGAUGAUGAUCAAUGUAAAAAUAAUGAUGAUAAUAUACUAAAUGAUAAAAAUAGUUCUAAUAAUAACGAAAACAAUAAUAAUUUAUAUUUAUCUGAAAAAAAUAAUUCAAAAUUAAAUGACAUGAACGAAGUAGAAGAAAUUGGGGAAAGAGGUAGAGAUAAAAAAAACAAAAAGGAUGAAAAAAAAAAUUCGCAAUUAUUAGAUACAUCAAAAAAUAGUGAUUUAUUCAACGGAUUGGAACAACAAAGUUUAAAUAGCCAAGAAAAUUUAUCUAAAAAAAAAAAAAAAAGUCCCCAAAAAAGGAAUAGUAUAAAUGAACAAGAAAAAGCAGAAAAUACUAAAACCACAAAUGAUACAGAAAAGGAAACUACUAUGAAUUAUAAUAGCGACAAUGGUGGUGAUGAUAGUAAUAAUAAUAAUAGUAAUAAUAAUAAUAAUAAUAGUAAUAAUAAUAAUAAUAAUAAUAAUAAUAAUAAUAAUAAUAAUAAUAAUAAUAAUAAUAAUAAUAAUAAUAAUAAUAAUAAUAAUAAUAGUAAUAAUAAUAAUAAUAAUAAUAGUAAUAAUAGUAAUAAUAAUAGUAAUAAUAAUAGUAAUAAUAAUAAUAAUAAUAAUAGUAAUAAUAAUAAUAAUAAUAAUAAUAAUAAUAGUAAUAAUAAUAAUAAUAGUAAUAAUAAUAGUAAUAAUAAUAGUAAUAAUAAUAGUAAUAAUAAUAAUAGUAAUAAUAAUAAUAAUAAUAAUAGUAAUAAUAAUAAUAAUAAUAGUAAUAGUAAUAGUAAUAAUAGUAAUAAUAAAGGAAAAAAAAAGUCAAAUUUAAAAAAAAAAACUAACUAUAUAUUUAACGAUACUACUAACAAUGCAAAUAAAAAUGUGCAAACGAAGAAGGGAAAUGAUAAUAGUAUGGCAAGCGAAAAGGAGGGUUCUGUAUAUAGCACUAGUUUAUCAAAUAAUAACAAUAGCGAUUCAUUAUUGAAUAAGGGUGAAAAAAAAGCAUUAACAAAAAAUGAUGAUUCUAUAAAUAUUACAAAUGGAGAAAUUAAUGUAAAAAGAAAAGGUAGUAAUAGCAAGUCAAAGAAAGGUAAUAUUGAAUAUGAAUUAAAUGGAAAAGAUUCAAAAAAUAAUUGUCAUAUAGAUAUCAAAAAUGAAAAUAUUGUGGCAGAAGAUAUUUUUGAAUCUACUAUUGAUGCUGAUGAUAAAAUAAAAAAAGAUAAAAGAUUGGCUAGUAACAAUACUAUAGCAUCGACUUCAUCUAUACUAAGCAAAAAUGAUAAACAAAAAAAAAAUCCCAAAUCUAAGAAUGAUCAUAACGUAAGUACAGAUAUUAUGUCAUCAUCAAGUGUAGAGUCAACAAAAGAUCGUGACAAAAAAAGUAAAAAUAAUGAUGAAUCUUCUAAAAAAAAAACAAAUAAAAAAAGAACCCUUUCUAGUUUAAUAUUUAGCGCAAAAAAGGCCAUGAAAUUGUAA